UAGUCUUCCUCAAAGCGCUCCCACUUGUGAUGUGACCAAAUUUGGGAGGUAGCGCUCCACCCAGCAUCUCCGCUCCUACUCCUUUCCACCAUGUGUGGGGUUCAACGUUCAACGAUCUGCUCUGCUUCGAACUCAUCUGUUCCAUUUCCUCUUGCCACCCGAUGGACCCUUCUCUUUCUCUUCUCCAUCUCCCCUUCUCCUUUCUCUUCUUGCCAUCUCUUCUGCUUCUCCUUCUACUGAGUCCACCGCCUCUCCUCUCUUCUCCUAUGCAAAGCUACGAUGGUUACGACGCCGCGGAGCUGCUCCGCCUUGCGGAGGAGGAGAAGGAGUGGCUGGUGGCCAUCCGGCGGGGGAUCCAUGAGCACCCGGAGCUCCGCUUCCAGGAGCACAACACCAGCGCCCUCAUCCGCUCCCAACUCGACCGCCUCGGCAUCCCCUACUCCUUCCCCUUCGCCGGCACCGGCGUCGUCGCCCAGGUAGGCUCCAGCUCUCCCCCCAUCGUCGCCCUCCGCGCCGAUAUGGACGCCCUCCCGCUCCAGGAAAUGGUGGAGUGGGAGCACAAGAGCAAGGUAGAUGGGGUCAUGCAUGCUUGCGGGCAUGAUGCUCAUGUUGCAAUGCUCCUCGGAGCUGCAAAAUUGCUCAACCAACGCAAGCACAAUCUCAAGGGAACUGUGAGACUUCUUUUUCAACCUGCAGAGGAAGGUGGUGCAGGUGCAUUUCACAUGAUAAAUGAUGGUGCUCUUGGUGGUGCGGAAGCAAUCUUUGGCAUGCAUGUUAACUAUGGAUUACCCACAGGAAGCAUGGAAUCCCAUCCAGGGCCCACACAAGCUGCCGUAUGCUUUUUUGAAGCAAAAAUAGAAGGCAAAGCAGGAGAAGCUGCAAAUCCUCAUUUGAGUGUUGAUCCAGUAGUGGCCACAUCAUUUGCGAUUCUAGCAGUGCAACAGCUCAUCUCCAGAGAAAAUGAUCCCCUCCAUAGCCAAGUGCUUUCUGUUACUUAUGUUAAAGGUGGUGUGGCAUUUGACUUUACAUCUUCCUUUGUUGAAUUUGGGGGCACUUUAAGGAGUCUUACAACAGAAGGCUUGCACAGGCUACAGAGACGGGUAGAGGAGGUAAUAGAAAUCCAAGCAGCUGUACAUAGAUGUAAGGCAUUUGUCAGCAUGAAGUCUGAGGAAUACCCAUUUUAUCCUGCUGUUGUUAAUGAUAGAAGUUUGCAUCAUCAUGUACAAAGGGUUGGUGGAAUUCUGCUUGGCCCAGAUAAUGUGAAGAUUGGGAAGAAGAUCAUGGCAGGUGAAGAUUUUGCAUUCUAUCAAGAGUUAAUUCCAGGUGUCAUGUUCGGUGUAGGGAUAAGAAAUGAGAAAGCCGGUUCAGUCUACCCUGCUCAUUCUCCUCAUUUCUUUAUUGAUGAGGAUGUUCUUCCAAUUGGAGCAGCAUUACACACUGCAAUUGCAGAAUUGUAUCUAAAUGGGCGCAACAGUGCAGGUGAUGAUAAAGAUUUAUCUUCUGCUGGAUAAAUUUAUCUUUUAGAAAAAUGUAUGUACAAUUUGAUUGGUUUAUGGAGGGUGAUGCUACAAAUAUAUAUGUUCAUUGACGAGCAGCAUAUUGUAUAAUGAUCCAAGACUCCAACUUUUCUUGGAGGUUUCUUAGCUCACUGUAUUAUAUUAUCCUUCUUAGCUCAAUCCAACCUCGAGACAGGCCUAUUGACUGUUCCUUGAAUGAGGGUUAAACUGAUUCUUAUAACAUUUUGGAGAUUUAGAUU